AUGGAACGAUUAAAAUUAGCCUCACAAAGAGCUGUAAAAGUGACUGGUAUACCCCCGUUUCAAUUUGAAGUAAAAACCAAAAGAUUGUACAAUCAGGUGGAUUGUCCAUUUAUAGUGUGCAUGACAUACGCCUUUCAAACGCCGGACAAGCUUUGUUUCAUUUUGGAUCUGAUGAAUGGCGGCGAUCUUCAUUACCACCUUAGCCAGCAUGGCGUGUUCAACGAGAUGGAGAUGAAAUUCUAUGCGACUGAAGUGAUAUUAGGGUUAGAACACAUGCACCGUAGGCACAUCGUUUACCGGGAUUUGAAACCUGCAAAUAUUCUCCUAGACAAGCACGGCCACGUCAGAAUAUCGGAUUUGGGUCUAGCCUGUGAUUUCUCGAAGAAGAAACCGCACGCAA